GGGCUAAUGCAACCAGAAUGAACUGGUUUGGGAGACAAAGCUGGGGUUGGGAGGAGACAGAAGCAACAGGAGACAGAAGUUUCCCUCAACUCUGCAACCGACCGGAGAACAACAUGAAGGCCGAGAUGCUGCUGCUGCUGCUGGUUGCCUUCAUCAGCAUCCAGACUGUAGCUGGAGGGAAAAACAAGAAAGAGAAAAACAAACCCUCGGAUUCCGGGUCAGAAUGCUCCGACUGGCGCUAUGGCAACUGUGUCCCUAGCAACGGGGACUGUGGAGCUGGCUUCAGAGAGGGGUCAUGUGACCAGCAGACCAAGAAGAUGAAAUGUAAAGUGCCCUGCAACUGGAAAAAGGACUUUGGAGCUGACUGCAAGUACCGGUUUGGUAGCUGGGGAGAGUGUGAUCCAACCUCCGGCUCACGGACCAGAACAGGGACUUUGAAGAGGGCUCUUUAUAACGCGGAAUGCCAACAAACUAUUUUAGUCUCCAAACCCUGUCCUGGAACACCCAAGACAAAAACCACAGGAAAGAAGAGAAAAGGGAAGGGGAACUAGAAGAGUCUCCAGAGAGUCUUCAGAACGACAAAGCAAACUUUAAUUGUCUGAACCAGCUGGACGGUUGAACCAACACAGAUAGAGCUUAUUUCCAUUCACACAUUUGUCACUGUUCUCCGGGUUUCCUACAUCAUGGCAUUUUUAAACAGAUACGAGAAGUCUGGACUUUACAAUAAAUGUAUAAAAAUACACUAAACCUGUAGAUUAGAACUGAUAAAGGGAGAAUGAAUGCAACAUUACACAAUGUUUGUAUUAUAAAUCUGCCUCUCCACAUCUAUGUUAUGAUAGAAUUAUUAUAAAUAUAAAAACUUGAGUAUCCAACAUGUGACUCGUUAGUAUAAAAUCUCUCUGCUUUGGGUCAUUUGAUGUCGGCAGCGUUGAUAUACAAACUGAACAAUCCAGUCAAGAAUGUGUUCAUUCCACGUAUUCUAACCACCAUAGUUACUUGUGGAUGUCUUCUACUUUACAUGUUGUUUAAACCAUUUUCUGAGGACUUCACUAAAUUUGAUUUAUUCUCCCAUCUUCCUUCCAGUUAGAAACUUGAUUUUUUGUCCUGUAGAUGGAUUGAUGCUACUGCUUUCCUUUUAUUAAAGUCUAAGAACACACUGUCA